UCAUGUUGAAUGGACUCCAAUCAAAAUCAGCCAAUACCGCUGGAUUAUUAACACCUUUGAAGUUCCAGGGCGUGGCAAUUAGUUCCACGAUAGCGAUCAUCCUCGUUAUACAAGUCCUUUGUUUGAAGUUUCCUCCGCUAAAAUGGACUCUACUGUAACGCCGCUUCGAAAUUGACUCAUCUGUCCUUUUAAAAGAUGUUCGUUAUGUCAGUUUCAUUUUUCUGUUCAAUUGCAAAUCUGUAUUGAAAGGGUGCAGUGAAUUUUAAGUCAAAUUGGACGUCACACCCAUUUUUCAGAAAAUGGAAUCUAGUUCAUCUAAAGAGUUGCCUUCGAAAGAAUUAUUUUCAAAGCUCCAAUGGGAAAGUGCAGAGAUGAUCAAAAUACCCGACAAACAUUACACCGAUACAUAUCAUCUAUUCCACCGACGAGUUGGCGAUGUUAGCUCAAAACUGUUGGCAAAUUCAUCCGAUUUGGCAGGAGAUAAAACGGUACAAGUUUCUGCUAGUAGUCCUACGACGUUUCCUGGAAUUGGAUCCUUCAUAUCUGGUGGAGUGGGUCAUGUAUUGAAUUAUUUCUCUCCGGCAGAGCAAUAUCCUCUUCCUGAUCACGAGCAAGUUCGUUCUCUGGACACUACGUCUUUCAAAGAUAUGACUGAAAUUAUUGUUCAAAAUUGUAAACCAAGUCAUUCAGAAACUUUUUCCAAGACAACCAAAGCGACCAAUUUAAAGUCUUUAAAGAAAUUUGUUAAGGAUGCCACAGAAUCUAUCGCUGAAAACUUUGGGGUCACCCCUCCGACAAUUUAUUUAAAUUUGUUAAAAUCCAUCAUAUCCAUUCUGGAUGAUGCGGAAUUGCUAGAAAGUGAGGAAGAAACGAAAAUGGAAAAAGAGAACAAUUCAAUUGAAGUUCACAAAACGGGCCUCGUCGUUAUCGCUUACUACCGCUACGAGUUCCAUGGUAAAAUCACGCAAAACUGCUGUUCUACUACCCACGACGCUAAUGUGGCGAUUGAAGUGAAAGUCUGGAAGUUUUCCUCUACUGCCGACUUGGAGAAAGAAUACGACAAAAUCACACAUCAGAAUGGAGAUGCCCCUGCUCCUUAAGUGCUGCACUAAAUUCCAAUGGCUGGUGUAGGAGACCUAUUUUCAACUUAAAAAUUCUUGAUUAAUUAAAUGUUUAAUUCUUCAAUCGCAAGGCAACAGUGAUCCAAUAGAGUGCGGCUCCCUUUCAAAAUAAAAUUAGAAAUGUUGAAACAGAAA